UAUAUAUAUAUAUAUAGGGUGGGUCUAUUAUGAUAACACCCUUAAGAGUCUUAUUCUGCUAACACUUCCUCUUAUUCUGCUAACACCGCCAAAAAAACAAACCACGACGCGAGCAAACCGCACGUAGCUACCGAGCUCAGAAAACACGCCCACUCUCCCCCAUCCCUCCACCUUCUUCCUCCACGGCUCGAGCCCCGCACAAUCCGCACACGCGCCAUGGACCUGCCUCCAGGAUCCUCCUCCUGGCUACACACGACCCCCACCAACCAAUCUCCCGUCCCGGCCGCCGAUUUCCACCCGGAUCCCCACUGGUUUCCCCAUUGGCGCCGCCCACCUUCUACAUCACCGUCCACGCCAGCCACCCCGGGCCACAACGCCGACAGCCGCCCUCCACGGCCUCCCUCGCUGCCAGAUCGGGUCGGGCCUGGCCUUUGACUACCGGAUCCGUAGGACCACGGCCUCCCUCGCCGCCAGAUCGGGUCGGGCCCGGCCUUUGACUGCCGGAUCCAAGGGCCACGGCCUCCCCCACCUGCCUCCCUCCACCUUCCGCCGGCGCUGCUACCGGCCACCCUCCAACCCACUGGCAAUGCUGGCGCCACCUACCAAUUCGGCGGCGUGGUCGUGCAGUCCGCGGCAUGUCGCGUCAUGGUCUGUGGGCGUGGGCGUGCAGUGUGGUGCGUCAGUGCGUGCAGUAUGCGAUGAUGGCUGUGGAAAACCAAACGCCAAGCAGCACCUCCCCGCGACUGCUGUUGAUGGCCAGAGUCAGAGGAAGCCCUCGCCUGGUCGCCACUCUCCUCUACUGCACGUAGCCACGAGUGGCUCACCGGAUAUCCUCAAUCCGCUCAACAGAAAACGACGGGUGCGCGUGCAUGGGAGCGGCGAGCAGAGGAAAAAGGAUGGAGCCAGGGACGAAGUAGGUCCUCUUCCCCACCAGCACACGGCCCGUCGCCAGAGGCUUCCCCCAUGCAUCCCUCGCGGCAGCCCUCCUCCCAUCGACGCCGCGUAGUGCACCUCACCCCCGCGGGGUAGUCCUUGGCGCCGGGAGAACGUCAGAUUACUCCGGGCGUUUCUAUGUAGAUGCAUUUUUUUUUGCUCUUUGAUAUACUCUGCACUUUAUUUUUUGAUGUGUGGUUCAAUUCUUCAAACGCAUGUCUCUUGAGGUUCACUUGUAGGCACAAGGAAGGACGGCGAUGUCAACAACUUUGGUGGGAGCAGCAGGGAAGUCGUGGCAGUGAUGCAACUCAGUAGCGCUCCAUUGCGGUUUGGUAUUACUUUUCUUGCAGAUAGGUGCUUUCAGUCCAGCUUUGCUCAAUCGUCGAUGCAGUUCGGCUGGUUGUGGAUGCAGGUUUGGGUGUGUCCUGUGUGUACUGCUUGUGUUAAAGGAUGAUAUGUGUAAAUUUGCAGUGGCUUUUAUGUAGAGAAAAUAUGUUACACGGGAUGUAGUUCUUUGUAAAAUUCCUUUGUGGUUCAUUUUGCAAAACGAGAAAAAGAAAAACAUCACGAGAA